UCAAUUCCAAUUUUACAUGUUUUCGUAAAUAUUAGAAAUAAAAUAUUGUAAUUCUUGUCAUUAUUUUCAACAUCGUCUCUAAAUUGUUCGUCCAAUUAAAAUUAUGGCAGAUGACGAUGAUAAACCUAAGAAACAUACAUUGGAAUCCCUAUUUCAUCUGUAUGCCAACAAUAUUGUUGUAACCAUGGACCUGGACAAUGAAGAUUACGAUUGCAUUUUGUUGUCACAAAUUGAUUAUUGGUUGGAACAGGCAAAAUUAUUGCGAACAACAUUUACUGUAACAGAAACGGGUUUGGUAUACAUGGAAUUUAGAAAAUGGCGUUUAGAUUAUGAAGAGUUUUUAGAUUUUCUAGAAAAAAUCUGUGAGGGGAAAAAUGUCACUGUCGAAGAAGUUAAGACAUUUCUCUUGGAGGCUGGAGUGCCUGGUACGGGUUCCAGUGACGUUGUGGUCGUGAAAUAAAUUGACGAUUACAAACAAAAUACCAAAACAGAUUAAAAGAAAAUUAAAACAAUUUUGGAUGGAUUUUAACUUUAACAUGCGAUAUUUAGACAUUUUCAUCGAAUUUUUUUGUAAACAAGUUAAAAUCGACAAUAUUUCGAUGUCGAAUGCGGGAAUUUAGCCAAUGAUCUAAAACUGACAUUCCCCAUUACCCAAAAUUAAUAAAAUAAAUUAGGUAAUUUCCUAAGUCCAAAUGA